UGGAAACUCAUCUAAAAACAACUGAACUUCAGAAAUUAUUUUGAAAACCAUCUGAAGCCGUUAAGGUGCCUGAAAUUUUAAAUCCUUCUGAAAAGAAUGUGGGAGCAAAUUCUGGAGGACUAGGGCUGGAGGAAUCCCGCUCCGUGAGGUGGGAGAGCAGUGUGCUGUCCACAUGGGCCCUGCCAGCCAGCCAGGCUCCUCCUGCAGACACCCUCACAGACACAUCCACGGCUGGGCACAGUAUCUGGGGUGAAGCAGGUAUUCCCCCGCCUGUGCCCUCAGGUCACCCCUGCCUCUCUGAAGCUGCUCGGGGGCAAGGGACCCUUCCCCUCUGCAUCUCUGCGCUGCCCGCUCCUGAAACCCAGGAAUGGUGUUUAAAUGUCAGCAGAGACUGCUCAGAGAAACUCAUCCUGAAACACUCCUAGAGGGAACGCUCACACAGGGAAACUCAACAUUUAAACAGAGCUCAGAGGAAAUAAAUAAUUUAUUCAUUCAUUUAUUGGGUGGGGUUAGAGCUUAGAGCUGUUCCAACUGGAUGGGACUGUUUUCUCUGGGAAUCCACACAGGAUUUGUGUUUGGGCUGUGUGUUUGCAAUCUUCCAGGACAUAAGAAGGAAAUCUCUGCUUUUAAACAAUGCGUUAUCUGAAAGUCAUAUCCUGCUCUAGGCAGGUUUUACUUACAUGUUUUAAGGGAAAGGGAAUUUUAUCCUCACACCAAACUGUGGAGGGAAGAUGCCUUAACUUAAAACUAAAAUGUUUGUUGUUUUCCCUGCACAAAUACAUCAAAUCACAGAAUACCCCAAGCUGGAAGGGACCCACCAGGAUCACCCAGCCCAUCCCCUGCCCUGCACAGACCCCAGCAAUCCCACCCUGGGCAUCCCUGGCAGCGCUGUCCAAAGGCUCCUGGAGCUCUGGCAGCCUCGGGGCUGUGCCCAUCCCUGGGGAGCCUGGGCAGGGCCAGCACCCUCUGGGGAACAGCCUUUCCCUGACAUCCAAACUAAACCUCCUGGAACAGCUCCAGCUGUGCCCUGGGAGCUGUUCCUGUCCCGGAGCCUGGCACACGUGUUCUGUGUUUGAACAGGUAACUGCUCUGUGUUCUGUGUUCUGUGUUCUGUGUUCUGUGUUUGAACAGGUAACUGCUCUGUGCUCUGUGUUCCGUGUUCUGUGUUUGAACAGGUAACUGCUCUGUGUUUGAACAGGUACCUGCUCUGUGUUCCAGCAGGCGCCCGCUCUGUGUUCCGUGUCCCAGCCGGCGGCCGCUCGGUGUUGCCGGUGCCGCUGUCCCGGGAUGUCGCUGGAUGUCACCUUCCUGGGCACGGGCGCGAGCUUCCCGAGCCCGGCCCGCGGGGCCUCGGCGCUGGUGCUGCGCCGGGCAGGGCAGUGCUGGCUCUUCGACUGCGGUGAGGGGACACAGACACAGCUCAUGAGGAGCCACCUGCGGGCAGCCAAAAUCACCAAGAUUUUCAUCACUCACCUUCACGGCGACCACAUGUUUGGUCUCCCUGGGCUGCUGUGCAUGCUGACCCUGCAGAGGAGCCCCGAAGCCAGCGCGGCGCCCAUCGAUAUUUACGGGCCGCUGGGGCUGCGGAGCUUCCUGUGGAGGAGCCUGGAGCUGUCGCACUCGCAGCCCGUGCUGCCCUGCCGCGUGCACGAGCUGGUGCCCACGCAGGACCAGUGCCCCGCCGGGGAAUUCCGCGACUUCUCGGGCCUGGACCGGGGCGCGGCGCUCGCCCAGGCGCCUCCGGGGACGGUCCUGCACCUGGAUGCAGAAACAGACUCGUACCUGCUGCUGGAGGACGAGGAGCUGUCCGUGAGGGCCUUCCGCCUCUUCCACCGCGUGCCCUCCUUCGGCUUCGUCAUGGAGGAGAAGCCGCGGCCUGGGAAGCUCAAAGUGCACUUGCUGCAAGAACUUGGAGUGCCGCCCGGUGCCCUGUACGGGGAGCUGAAGCGCGGCCGCGCCGUGGAGCUGAGCGGCGGCGUGACGGUGCGGCCGCGGGACGUGCUGAGCCCGCCCGUGCCCGGCAGGAAGGUCUGCGUGCUGGGCGACUGCGCAGGGCCCGUGGGGCCGGGCGCGCGGCGCCUCUGCGGCCACGCCGACCUGCUGGUGCACGAGGCCACGCUGGGCGACGGCCAGCAGGACGCGGCGCGCCAGCGCGGGCACAGCACGCCCGGCCUGGCCGCACGCUUCGCCCUGGAGUGCCGCGCCAGGAGGCUGGUGCUGACCCACUUCAGCCAGCGGUACCAGCGCCGCGGCGACGGCCGCAGCGACAUCGACACCCUCAGGAGGGAGGCCGAGGCCGCGAUGGGCGGCCAGGAGGUGACGCUGGCCGAGGACUUCAUGACCAUCGAGAUACCCAUGAAAAACAAAACCGAGGACUUCGUGACCACAGAGAACCCAAUGAACCAGUGAGAACGAGGACUUCAUCAUGAGAUCCCAAUGAAACAGUGAAAACUGAGGACUUCAUCAUGAGAUCCCAAUGAAAAACAAAACCCAGGACUUUGUGAUCACAGAGAACCCAAUGAAACAGUGAGAACGAGGACUUCAUCAUGAGAUCCCAAUGAAACAGUUUAAAACAAGGACUUCAUCAUGAGAUCCCAAUGAAAAACAAAAACAAGGACUUUGUGACCACAGGGAACCCAAUGAAACAGUGAGAACGACAACUUCGUCAUGAGAUCCCAAUGAAAAACUGAAAAACGAGGACUUCAUCAUGAGAUCCCAAUUAAACAGUUUAAAACAAUCCCAAUUAAACAGUUUAAAACAAGGACUUCAUUAUGAGAUCCCAGUGAAACAGUGAGAACUGAGGACUUCAUCAUGAGGUCCCAAUGAAACCGUUAAAAAUGAGAACUUUGUGACCAGAGGGAACCCAAUGAAACAAUGAAAAACAAGGACUUUGUGACAACAGAGAUCCCAAUGAAACAGUGAGAACUGAGGACUUCAUGACAAGAUCCCAAUGAAAUAGUGAAAACUUGUGAAAUAGUGAAAAUUUGUGACCACAGAGAUCCCAAUGAAACAGUGAGAACUGAGAACUUCAUGACAAGAUCCCAAUGAAACAGUGAAAACCAAGGACUUUGUGACCACAGAGAUCCCAAUGAAACAACCCAAACCAAGGACUUCAUCAUGAGAUCCCAGUGAAACAGUGAAAAACAUGGACAUCAUAAUGAGAUCCCAAUGAAAAACGGAAAAACAAGGACUUUCUGACACAGAGAUCCCAAUGAAAACCAAGGACUUCAUCAUGAGAUCCCAGUGAAACAGUGAAAAACAAGGACUUCAUGACCACAGAGAUCUCAAUGAAAAAGUGAAAACUCAGGACUUCAUGACAAGAUCCCAACUAAAAAAUGAAAACAAAGGACUUUGUGACAAUAGAGAUCCCAAUUAAAAAGUGAGAACUCAGGAUUUGUGACCACAGAGAUCCCAGUGAAACAGUAAAAACCAAAGACUUCAUAACAAGAUCCCAGCUGAACAGUGAAAAUGUUUGUGACCACAGAGUGGGUGU